ACCAUGACACAAGGAAACUCAUCCAGAAGUUUCUAAAGAUAUAAACUUGACCUAUUCGCCUCCCACUUUCCGCCUAAGAGGCACAGAGCUCAAUUGCCCAAUUAGGGUUUCUAGCUCCUCAUCCUUUUCUCUCGAUUUACCAGACGCUAUGGGAGGAGGCAACGGUCAGAAGGCCAAGAUGGCCCGCGAGAAGAACUUGGAGAAGCAGAAAGCUGCCGGCAAGGGAAGUCAGCUUAAAACAAACGAGAAAGCCAUGUCAAUCCAGUGUAAGGUGUGUAUGCAAGCAUUUAUGUGCACCACAUCGGAAGUGAAAUGCAGGGAGCAUGCUGAGGCAAAGCAUCCCAAGUCUGAUGUCUACGCUUGUUUCCCUCAUCUCAAGAAAUGAAAGAACAUUUGGUAAGAAGUCGCAGGGACAAAUUGUGAACGUUGUGGCCCUCUAUAGUAAAGCCUGGAAUGAAUUUACUGAGUUCUUCUAGAGCGAUAGCUAUUUAAUACUGCUUGUGGAGUUGUUUUUGUGUGUAUGUGAUGUGUGUGAGUGAGGGAGAAAAGAAAGAGAUGUAUCUCCUUGUUGAAACGAAACUCGGUCUUAUAUGAUUGUGAAUGUUGGUGUAACUCUUGAAAAGAGUGUGUUUCAUGGAACCUUGGUUCACGGCGUUGUGUUGUCUAUACGGGUUGAGUGUUGAGUUUGUGGAACUGCUGUUUGUCAGGCAAAUUCACACCAAACCUUGCCUCUUUGGUAAUUAAUUUGUGUGUCGAAGGUUCUG